CUUAUCAUAUUAACCAAAAAAAUAAAAACUUUUCAAAUCAAGAAAAACACCUAUCACAUCUAAAAUCUGGGAUGAAAACAGCUUGUGGUGCGUAUUGUAAUAAUUGUCAAUAUAACAUUUGUUAUGGUUGUUAUGAUGGGUACUAUUUAUCAAAUUAUAAUUGCUACCCCUGUGUUUUACCAUGUGCGACUUGUUCGGGACAAUACAAUGGAAAUUGCAAAACAUGCACCGAAGGUUAUUAUUUGGUUGGAUCUACGUGUUAUAAGUGUCCUAGUGGGUGUAUGAAAUGUACACUUUCCAGACAAAACACCUUUGUAUGUGAAAUAUGUGGGUAUGGAUAUUAUAAAGAUACCAGUAAAAUUUGUAUAAAAUGUGACAAAACAUGUGGAAAAUGUGAUGGCACUUCGUAUCUCAAUUGCACAAGUUGUGCGACUCAAUUUUAUAACGCAACAAACAAUGAGAAUGAAUCCAAAUGCACAAAUUGCGAUUCAAAAUGCAACAGUUGUAAUGGUCCUUUAGGUGUGAAUUGUUUAGAGUGUAUAUCUGGUUAUUAUAAAGUUGAUGACAAAUGUGUUCCUUGUGACAUUUCAUGUUCAACUUGUAAUGGGCCUGAAUCCUCAAAUUGUACUUCUUGUUCAAAAGGAUUUUAUCAAGUCAAUCAAACAGAUAAUUCUUUACUUUGUGAGCCUUGUGUUUCAAAUUGUUCGACUUGUGAAAAAAAUGGUGAGUGUCUUCUAUGUGAUAAUGGGUUUUACCUUUAUAUAUCAAAGUGUUAUUCGUGUGAUUCAUCUUGUAAAACUUGUUUUGGGAUGGCGAGUAACAAUUGUUUGACUUGCAGACCCGGUUUAGCGGUUCGGUAUGGAACUUGUUAUGAUUGUCAAAUUACCAACUGUUUCAAGUGUUUUUACGAUGCACAGGGAUAUAAAUGUAACGCAUGUUAUGAGGGGUUUUAUUUAAAAGGAUAUUCAGUAUGUGCUAGUUGUAAUUCUCUUUGUCACACAUGUUAUGGUCCAACCAAUGGAGAAUGUAAUUCAUGUAUUUCGAAUUAUUACAUCUCUGAAAGUACUUGCAAACAGUGUUAUCCACUCUGUUUGGAGUGUUUUGGAGGAUCAAAUGGGAAUUGUACUUCAUGCAAAUCAGGCAAUUAUAUACACAAUCAUUAUUGUUACCCAUGUCACUCAUCAUGUGAAGAGUGUUAUGGUCCAUCAAUUCAAGAGUGUACGAAGUGCAAACCAAAUCAUUACUUAAAUUCUACCGAGUGUAUAUCAUGUGACCCAUCUUGUAAUGAAUGUCAUGGAAGUACCAACACAGAAUGUACUUCAUGUGCUUCUGGUUUUUCCUUUGAUGAAACGCACACAUGUCUGAGUUGUAAUAAUUCGUGUUCGUCUUGUAAUAUAACAGAACAAUCAAUUUGCACGUUGUGUGACGAAGGGUUUUACUUGGACUUGAACAGUAGUAACUGUGUAAGUUGUUAUACUGGAUGUUCAGAAUGUACCUCAAACGAAGAGAAUGACUGUAGCAAAUGUUUUGAAGGGUUUUAUUUGAAUGGUACAACGUGUGCUCUCUGCAACAAUAAGUGUUCCUUGUGUAGUGAAGACUUUCCUGAUAUUUGUGUCAAGUGUAAAGAAGGAUAUUACUUGAAUGGUACUGAAUGUCUGCAAUGUUCUUCGACCUGUCUUACAUGUGACACUUCGCAAGACAAUUGUACGUCAUGUAGAGAUGGUGAAAUGUAUUUGUAUGACAACACGUGUAAUAUAUGCUCACAUUGUUCACCUGGUCAUUGUUAUCAUAGUCAAUGCGACCUUUGUGAAAAUGCCCAUUAUUACAACAUUCUCUUCGACUGCUUCGAAUGUAAUGAGACUUGUUUUGCAUGUGAUGAAAGUCUUUCCACUGACUGUUUGAGUUGUUACAAUACUUCAUAUUUGGAAGACAGAGAAUGUAAGCCAUGUGGUGACACAUGUGAAGAAGACAAGUGUGAUAUGACAGAAGGGUGUAUUGAAUGUAAAAUUGGCAAUUACCCUGAGAACAAGACAUGUCAUCAAUGCUCUGAUAUAUUAAAUUGUGUUGAGUGUUCACAAACAAACAAGACAUGUAAUAUAUGUGGUGGUAAUUUUGAACCCAAUGAAAAUAACACGGAGUGUUUUUGUAAAAGUGGGUAUUACAGAACAAACCUCACGAAUUGUUCUCCGUGUUACGAAGGAAUGGACUACUGUAAAAAUUGUCAUAAUGUGAAUGACACAUACGACUUGAUUUGCGUUGAAUGUUACGACCCUUAUUAUCUAAAUGAAUACACAAAUAACACAUGUAAAUUGUGUUCUGGAAAUUAUUAUCUACUCAAAGAUAAAAUAACACACAACGUAACAUGUGGAGAAGGUAAUGCAAAUUGCAUAUUAAGACUCAACGAGUCUUUGUGUGUCUUAUGUGAAGACAACUUUUAUAUCCAAAAUGGGACGUGUGUGACACAAAAUGAUACCAAUUGUUCAGUCUCAUCGAAUGUCACAUGCGAAAUGUGUGAAGACGAGAACAUUUUGUCUGUGAAUGGGAAGUGUGAAACUCGUAACGUCAACUGUAAAUACUUUGAAAACAACUUCGGACCCAAUUCCAAGUGCUUUACUUGUAUAGACAAUUACACUUCAACAACUUCUGAUCUUAUCAAUUGUACCACUCAAAUACCAAAUGACAAAGUAAUGAAAAAUGGGAUCUAUUAUUCUUGUUCUUUGAAUGAAUACGUGAAUCAAAACAAUGAGUGCAAAAGUUGUGCGGAGAGCGCUGCCAAAUCACAACAGUGCAACCUUUAUAACAAGACGAUAAGUGUUAUUGAUUGUCCUGAUAGACAUUCAGUUGACUAUAACACUGAGACGUGUAUUAACGACGACAACUGCCAACAAUAUGAAGGAGAUGACUGUGUUUCUUGUUCAACAACACAACACUUUGUCAUCGAUCAAAAUACAUGUACCAAAAGAGCAGUAGAUGGCUGUGCUUCAUAUGAUACAGAAAAGUGUAUUAAAUGCAUCAACACGCACAUUCUAUUCAAUGGAACUUGUGUAGAAAGUAGUAACUUGAGUUGUGACAAAUCGACUGGAUAUUCUUGUGUUCUUUGUCAAAGUGAAUAUCAUCGAAUUUCCGAUGUUACGGGUGUCAGUUAUUGUCUUCCAAAUGGAGAAAAUGUGAAGUACGCUUUUUCUGACACUCAACGUGAUGAUAUAAUAACUGUUCUAGAGUGUGUAACAGACACCUUCUUGAAUAACAACAGUUGUAUGUCAAAUGCUCAUAACACCACAGUCAAAGGUGAAUUGAAUGACAAUUGCAAACGACGAACACCAAAAGGGUGUAUUCAAUGUGAAGACUCGUAUUAUUUAGAUGAGUACAGCAAUUGUGUCACGUGCACAAGUACGAAUACAAGCUGUGUGACUUGUGUGAAUGCGAGUUAUUGUUUGUCGUGUCCCAACAACUCAUUUUUAAACGCACAAAAUCAGUGCGAACCCUCCACAGAUUUAGAAUUCCGAUGUCAACAAAUGAUGCCUAAAAACACUGGGUGUGCCAUUUGCAAAGAGACGUACUACAAAGAACGGUCCGACUGUCUUACUUGUGACUCGACUUGUCAAUUGUGUAAAGAGAAUUCCAAAUGUGUUUCCUGUAAAAAUGGGUACUUCCAAAUAACUAGUGAAAACUAUUUAUGUCAAGCCUACUCAAGUCUGACUAACUGUAUAACUAAAACACAACUUGGGUGUACUCGAUGUGAAGAUCGAUACUAUUUAAAUACGAUAAUUCCGAGGUGUUAUCCAUGUCAGUCCAAUUGUUCGUUGUGUGUCACUGGAAUGGUGUGUAAUCUCUGUGAUUCCGACUACAUUCUGAUUGACGGCACUUGUAAGCAUUACACAGAGAUCAAUUUCUGUCUCUCCGAGUCACACAAUUUGUGUUCGAAGUGCGACAAAGACAAGAAACUCUCUGACGACGGACUUUCAUGUGUCGACCAAAUCAAUUUGCCAUUGGUCAUAGCCCUUCCCAUUAGUUUAGUCUUUGUCAUAGUGUUAGUGACCAUCGCACUCUUCUUAUUAUGGUACUUCAUUCGUCAGCACAACAAGCGAGUUGAAGAGAUGAAGAAGAUUUGUGUGUUUAAUAUGAAGCGGUCGAACAUCUCCUUCACCAAUUUGAAUGAAUCUGUUGCUUUCAAUAUGACGAAAAUAGUCUUUGAGAGCGACACGAAUGAGAACAGUGAAAUAUCUGUUGAUGAAGAGACGCGUUCACUGAUUUGUGUUGGUAACGUGUCGAAGAAUAGAUUGAAGAUUCAGUUCAGUGUGAUAGAUGGUUGUGACUUGUUUGAUAUUCGCACGGAGCCCAAGUUGAUUACAUUAGACUCCAAUUACGCCUGUGAAUUUGAAGUCUUUUUAAAGCCGAAUUGUUCGUGUUGCAUUGACGAUGCAAUCCUUUGUAUUUCCUUAGACAUCAAAAAGGGCGAGCAGAAGACGACCAAAAUCAGUGUCACUGGAAAGACGAUUUUAACGACAAAAUUGGACAUCAACGAGUUACAUGAAGAACGGAAAUUAGGGGAAGGAUCCUUUGGGAUAGUGUAUUAUGGGCAUUUCCGUGGGCAUGAAGUAGCGAUCAAGCGAUUAAAGAGUGGGUGUAGUGAUGUGUCCUCGAAGAAAGAGUUUGAAAAAGAAGUUUUGAUGUUAGACAAAUUUCGCAGUGAUUUCAUCGUUCACUUUUUCGGCGCGGUUUUUAUUCCCACCAAAAUUUGUUUAGUCACCGAAUUUGCUCAAUAUGGAAGUUUGGCGGAUUUGAUGAAACACAAACAAAACGAUGAAAUUCCUAUAAAAACUAUUCAACAUAAACUAUUACUUGAUAUGGCUAAAGGAAUUAGUUAUUUACAUAAUAAUGGAAUAGUUCAUAGAGACAUCAAACCUGACAAUUUACUCGUCUUCUCCUUAGACAUCGACGAAUUGAUUAACGCUAAACUGACUGAUUUCGGAAGCGCAAGAAAUGUUAAUAUGUUGAUGAACAACAUGACCUUCACUAAGGGAAUUGGAACUCCAAAGUAUAUGGCGCCUGAAGUACUAAAGAAAGAAAAGUACCAAAUGCCAAGUGACAUAUACUCCCUCGCUAUCACUUUCUAUGAAUGUCUCAUUUGGGAAGAACCAUACCCGAAACAGAAGUUCAAAUUUGCGUGGUCGGUCGCGGACUUCGUGACAGCCGGAAAACACUUGGAACAACUCAAACAAAUCACUACAACAGAAUAUACUCUUUUAAACGAAAUGUGGAGGUUCGAUGCUCAAAGUAGAAUAAAGAUAGACGACGUCGUGGAAAAACUUAAAACUAUUUAA